GGUCCCGUGGAGGCUCCGGCGGGAUUGGGGCUGAAUCCUGUCAGCGCGGGGAUGGCUCUUGCCGGGCUCCAGCGGCAGAGUUGGACCCACGGGGGGGUACAGGAGGGGCCCCCCCGGCCCAGGUGCUGGGGGGGGGCGGCUCCCCCCGGGGACAUCCGUGUGCCGGCCCACUGUGGCGAGGUGUGUGACGCCAGAAGCGGAGCCGAGCCUCAUAUUUGGGCACGAAGCAGGUUAUUGGAGGCCGUGGCCCCGCAGCUGGGCGAUCCCCCGGCUGAUAAAGGCUCCCCUGGUGCUGCCGCCUGCACCGGCUCCGGCGCUGCCGCUACAUCAUCCCCUGCCUGCGCUGGGGGUGCGGGACGGUGGGAUGGGGCCGGUCGGGGCGCUGGGGCUGCUGCUGUGCCUGCAGCUGUGUGGGGGUGAGUGGCGGGCUGCGGCUGGUGGGGGGCGCGGAGCGCAUUGUGCCGGACGCGUGGAGGUGAAUCACGACGGUGAGUGGGGCUCCGUCUGCGUCUACGACUUCGACUGGCAAGCCCGCUGGGCCACCGUGGUGUGCCGGCAGCUGGGCUGUGGCCGCGUGGCCUCGUCGUCCCCGUACGCCCCGUUCGGGCAGGGCAGCGGCCGGAUCUGGCUCCAGCCCUUCUUCUGCCUUGGCACCGAGGAGGUGCUGGAGGAGUGUCCGCACUACGAAUGGGGCCAGCACUACUGCGACCACGAGCGGGACGUGGGGGUGAUCUGCACAGAGGCCGUGGAGCUGAGGCUGGUGGAUGGCGGCGGUCCCUGCGCCGGGAGGGUGGAGGUGAAGCUGCGGGGACACUGGGGCUCGGUGUCAGAUGAGAUCUGGGACAUGGAGGAUGCUGAGGUGGUGUGCCAGCAGCUGGGGUGUGGCUCGGCUAGCCGGUGCCUACUCCUCCCAUGACCGCUUUGGGCAGGGACCGGGCCCAUCAGCCUGGCCCUGGUGGACUGCAAUGGGGACGAGGCCACACUGUGGGACUGCAAGAUCCGCGGCUGGGGACCCUACAGAGGUCCCCAUGACUAUGACACUUCCGUCAUCUGCCAAGGGUUUUCCCGGCUGGUCGGAGGUGACAGAGCCUGUGCCGGGCGGUUGGAGGUGCGGCAGCGCCAGGCCUGGGUUGGCGUCUGCGCGGAGCACGUGGACAUGAAGGUGGCCCAGGUGGUGUGCCGGGAGCUGGGCUGCGGCGCGGCGCUGGCCAUCCCCGGCAGCGGCCGGUUUGGGGCGGGAACGGGGCCGCUGUGGGAGGGGGGGUUCAACUGCACCGGCACCGAGCCCCUCCUCAGCGCCUGCGCCCGGCGGGUGCCCCACAGCCAGGGCUGCGCUGGCCACGCCACCAUCAUCUGCUCCCCCUACACGGGCUUCCGGCUGGGGAACAGCAGCUCGGGCUGUGCCGGGCGGGUGGAGGUGGCGGUGAGGGGCACGUGGGGGUCCGUCUGCGCCACCGACUGGGACCUGCCCGAUGCCGACGUCCUGUGCCGCCACCUGGGCUGUGGCCACGCCGUCACCGUGCCCCCGGGAGGCUCCUUCGGCAGCGGGGACGGGCCGCUGAGGCCGGACGCCUUCGGCUGCAGCGGGAGCGAGCGGCACCCGGGCGAGUGCCCCGUGGCGGUGCUGGGGGAGCCCCCCUGCACCCCGGGGAACGCCGCCGCCGUCAACUGCUCAGGCACCAUCAAUUCCGUGCGGCUGGUGGAGGGUGAGAGCCGGUGUGACGGGCGGCUGGAGGAGGCCAUAACCACCCCAGCCUGGCGCCGUGUGCCUGUGGAGCAGCAGAAGAGAUGGGAUGUCUACAUGGUGUGUGCUGUGCUGGGUUGUGGCCUGCCAAAGGAGAUCUACACAGCCUUGGGUAUGGCACCCACUGCACUGACCAGCAGCUCCAGGGAGGUGGAUGUUGUGAUGGAGAAGAUGGAUGUCGUGAGGAGGGAGAUGUCGGGGAUGGGCCCUGAGCUGACCAGGAGCCUUGAGGAGAUGGAGGACGUGCCAGAGAAGAUCUCUGAUGUCUUAGGGAUGGGCCCUGCACCAACCAGCAGCCCUGAGGAGAUGGUCAUCGUCUGCUCAGGCAGCCGGCGGGUGAGGCUGGCGGGCGGUGCCGGGCGCUGCGCCGGGCGGGUGGAGGUCUAUGCCGGUGGCACCUGGAGCAGCGUGUGCCAGGAGCGCUGGGACCUGCGGGCCGCCGCCGUUGUGUGCCGGGAGCUGGGCUGUGGCGCGGCACUGGAGGCCCCCGGCUCGGCGCGCUUCGGCCCCGGGCCGGGGACAGCGUGGCCGUACGUGGUUGAGUGCGCCGGGAGCGAGGAGUCUCUCUGGGAAUGCCCACGCUCGGAAGGGCGCGAGUGCGAGCGCGGGGCCGGGGCCGGGGCCGUCUGCUCAGAGCAGCUCUCCCUGCGGCUGGCGGGCGGGCGCGGGCGCUGCAGCGGGUCCCUGGAGCUGCUCCACAACGGCACCUGGGGCCGCGUGUGCGCCACCGGCACCAGCCCCGGCACCGCCGCCGCCGUCUGCCGGCAGCUGGGCUGUGGGGACGGGGGGCAGCUGGCACCCGUAGCAGCCCUGCAGCCGGCCCCCGCCUGGCUGGCCUGGGUGGGCUGCGAGGAGGGGGCCCGCUCGCUCUGGGGGUGCCCCUCGGCACCCUGGCACCUGCAGGCCUGCGGCCCCGGAGGGGACGCCUACGUGGCUUGCGCGGAGGACAGUGACAACCCCAGCGAGACAGCCACCCACCUGUGCCCGGACGGGGCCACCUGCACAGGUAGCUCUGCCCGUGCCAGCAGCCCCCCCGCCGGGCCGGCUGGGAUCCCCCUGCCCUCACUGCCUGGCCGUGUCCCCACAGCUGUCCCCAGCAGCAGCGGCCCUGCGGUGGCCAGGGGGACUGUGCCGGUGCCAAGCGGGCAGGUGGCCAGGGGGACUGUGCCGGUGCCAGUGGUGCUGUGCGUGGUCCUGGGGACGCUGCUGUGCCUGGCCCUGGGCGCCCUGGCCGUGCUGAUGUGCCAUGCCCGCGCUUGGCGCCGAGGCCCCGGCAGAGCCGUGGGUGCCAUCCCCGACGCCAUCUACGAGGAGCUGGACUACAGCGCCAUGCCGGAGUACCAGGAGGUGCCCAGUCGCCCAGGUUCCCCGCGGGAGGGCUCAGUGAAGAAGCUGCUGUAUUACACCGGGGACAGCGUGGAGGGGAGUGACACCGGGGCAGCCCCAGUCCCAGCCCCCCCUGCCCUGCCCGGGCACGGAACCACGGAUGGCUACGACGAUGCCACAGCAGGAACCCUGGAUGACUACGAUGAUGCCAUGGCUGGAACCCUGGAUGGCCACGAUGAUGCCACGGCCGUGCCAGAGGAGUCUCCCACUCCCAGCACUGGGGACAUCUCCGAGGGGGUGGCACAGAGGGGCUGGAUCUGUGUCCCACCCACAGGUGGGAGCUGCCCCCCUCCAAGUCCCCCCGGAGCCACAGGGGACCCCCCGGGACAGCCCCCGGGGCACAUGGACUAUGAUGAUGUCGGCACCGGCACCCCGGGGAUGUCGCAGUGAGGAUGUCCCGGCCAUGCCCCAUCCCUGGGGACACGUGUGCAGGGUGGGGGGGCUAUGGCCAUGGAGGUCACAUCUCCCUGACCAGGACUGCAGUGCAGGCAGAAAAGUGCUCUAUCGUAGGGAUUUUCUUUUAUAUCAAUGUGAAUUUCUCUUUUUUCCUAUUA